UCCUCAAACCACAUCAACAGUGAAGCAGGGACCCUUGAAUCACUGACAAACAUGAAAAUAAAAAGUGCUCCCCCGGACCUGCAUGGCCUCUACAAGCGCUUCCAGAGUUCCCCCCCUCUACUGGCCGUGACGUCACAGGUCCAACUCAGAGAGCAGCCGGUGUUUGCCCGUCGCCAGGGUCAAGAGCGCAGGGAGGACGGAGAGAGGAGGACCAGGGACCUUCAGCACCACGGCACCCAAAGCACCUUCACCAUCCAUGUAACGCCUCCCCCCAGCCAGCCUGCUGUGAGCCAGCUGCCCAUGGAAGUUCUCAAGGUGCAGUCCCACCUGGAGAAUCCCACCAAGUACCACAUCCAGCAGGCUCAGAGGCAGCAGGUGAGGCAGUAUCUGUCCACCACCCUGGGUGGCAAAGCCGGGAGCCAGUGCCCCAGCCAGCCCCCUGAGCACGGCAUGCCGCCCGGGCCUGGCAGCAGCGCCCCCAACAGUCCCAUGGCCCUGCUCACCCUCAGCUCCAACUGUGAAAAAGAAAUGGAUGAUGUCAUUGAUGAUAUUAUUAGCUUGGAGUCAAGCUAUAAUGAAGACGUUCUUGGACUGAUGGAUCCAGGACUUCAGAUGAACAACCCGCUCUCCGUGUCAGGCAACCUUCUCGAUGUGUAUGGAAAUCAAGGACUUUCACUCCCGGGCCUCGCCAUCAGCAACUCCUGUUCACCCAACAUUAAAAGGGAAUACACAGCUCCUGGCAUGAAGCAAGUACUGGACAAGCCUGGAUCCUGUGGCCAGUAUGAAAACUAUCAAAGGCCAGAAGGCUUUCCAGUAGAGGCUGAGGUUCGUGCUCUUGCUAAAGAGAGACAAAAGAAGGACAACCACAAUUUAAUUGAACGAAGACGGAGAUUCAAUAUCAACGACCGCAUCAAAGAGCUAGGAACCUUGAUACCCAAGUCAAAUGACCCAGACAUGCGCUGGAAUAAGGGCACCAUUCUGAAAGCCUCAGUGGACUAUAUCAGGAAGCUACAGCGGGAGCAGCAGAGAGCCAAAGAACUUGAGUGCAGACAGAGGAAGCUGGAGCAUGCAAACCGCCAUCUGAUGCUUCGCAUACAGGAGUUGGAGAUCCAGGCCCGAGCUCAUGGUCUUACAGUGGUGUCAUCCCAAUCUGUCUGCACAUCAGAGUUAAUGGCCAGAGCCAUUAAACAGGAGCCCGUCCUCGGCGACUGCCCCUCAGAGCUCUACCAGCAUGGCUCAGACAUGUCCCCUCCAACCACACUGGACCUCAACAACGGCACCAUCACCUUUGACCAGAUUCCUUCAGACGCUGGGGAACCUGGCCCCUAUGGAAACUCCAGGACCUGUAAAAUGAAGGAGCUGACAAGGGACAACGCCCUGUCAUCGAUUUCCCCGAGUGAUCCCAUGCUGUCCUCCAUGUCCCCAGAUGUCUCCAACAAUGUUAGCAGCCACCACAGUUCCAGCUCUAGUAUGGAGGAAAAGGAGCAUGGCUGUUAGCAUUACCCAGUGCCAUGAACCGCACUGACACUUUCUAUCUGUAGCAUCCCAUCAGUGAGACACCUACAUUAAAGUGUCUUAAAGGUGACUGAGCGGAUGAAGGAACUCAGACUCUAAUUUCAUCUCAAUUCUACAUUUUUUAAUUUUUUGCCCAUUUAUCGCAGAAAUGUUGUAUGUUACUGUGACUUUUCAUUCAUUUCAGUUUCUCUAUUGUACACAGUAUUGCUGUGUACAACAGAGAUGCUGUCACAUAAUUUCCAUUCCAUAUAGAUGGACAGUUCAAAAUUACUUGACAAACAAAUACAAGGGGACUGAGAAAUAUGUCUCCAACCUGCUGUCAUUAAAAACUGGUCAACUUGAUGAUUUUACAGGUUUUUUUUUUUAGCUUUUUUAACUGUUGUUUCUUUUUAAAUGUUUGAUAUUUGGCCCAAAUAUACAGUUUACUGAACUCUCCAUGGCAAUUCAGGUAAGAUACAUAUGUGAAAACAUAUUGGUAGUACCUGCUAAAAGUUUGAAUUGUGAAACAUUUUUUUUUACUUUUUGUAGACAGAAUGUAAAAUUACUGACUCGGUCAAUCAAACUGUUCUCACUUCUUAUGGAUCCAUCCAAGAAAAUGCAUGCAAUUAAUUAUUAAAUGAUCAAAUAUUGCAUAGUAAUUGUUUCUUAGCAUAUUUAAAUUUAUACUAUUUUUAACCCCCUGACCUUAAUGUAUUAUGAAGAAAAAACAAAUCAAACAUUGACCAAAUGAGGAGGCUUAUUAUUGUUAUUAUGAAGUGUUAUAUUAUUACUAUCAUUUAUUUAUUUUGUUGUUUUUUUUCGCUUUUAUUCACUGAGAGCUCAUUGUGUUUGUACAAGUACUUCAGUUUAAUUUAGGUUUACUUUUAUAACAGCCCACAAACGAAUUAUUGAUCUUUUCUAACCUAAGACCAUCACAUCUAACAUCAGAGUAAAGGCAAAUAAGACACAUUGAAGCAAGAGCAGUCUAUAACCCAAAAAUUUUUAAAUUAACCUCAAAUUGAUAAUUUACUACUGUGGGUAUGGAUUUUUUAAAAAAAGAUUCUUUUUUUAAAUUGGAGAAAAAAAAGAAAAGAAAAACAGACUUUUUUCACAGUCCACAGGUGACAAAAACACUAUGCUGCACAUGAGCUAGUUCAAACUGAUUUAAUUUAAACUGAGUCCUGGUUGUGACAUUUAAAGAAUUCCUGACACAUCAUUCCUGGCGCACCAUAAUACUUUUUUUUUAAAUUAAUGUAAAAUGAAAAUUGAAGAAAUAAAUAAACUAAAAUCAGUUGCUUUGUAGACACAUAUCACUGAAUGAGUUAUCUUGCAUAACUCAGAGAUGAGUAAACGCCCAUGUACACAGAGAGGAAUCUUUUUUGUUGUCUGUACAGAACUUCUUUUUUUAUUUGUUUGUUUAUCUCUUGCUAAUACUGUAAAAGAAAAGACUUGAGAUGCCAAUAUAUUGUAUAUUAGGCCUUUUACAAAAAACAAGAACAAAAAAAGAACAAAAAAAAAAUUAAAUAAACUGUGUUUUGGCGUUCAUGUGUGGAAAAAUACAGUAGAUCCAUGUAUAUACAUGUACAU